UUAUUCUAUAUUUAGAAUUGUACAUUUAUUGUCAGUUUUUAUUCAUGUUGCUCUUGUUGUAUUAUUGUUUUUCCAUCCAUUAUGGAUCAGAGGAGGAUGGGUUCCUCUGCUGGGUACUGGUUCCUUUCAGUAUUUCUUCCACUUCCUCUUAAGAAGUUAAAGCUUGUACACACAGAAAUUAACACUAACCACAAUCUUAUAUCUUGAUUUAACUAACACAUUCUGAAUGAGUGGAUCUCUAUUGGAGUUUUUAACACAACAAGAUGCUGUGUGUGCGUGUGGCCGAAGACUAUAAAGUGACAGCUAUAAAGCGCCGUUAGGGUGGUGGUUUUUUCCUGUGAAUGCAGAAAAAAGGAAGGAAACCAAUUAGUGUUGAUAAAACCCCACCUUAAACGCAACAUUUACUCAUUCCACCCUCACACACACUCUGCACCGUCCACUGAGUUACACAGCUGGGCAAUGUCUUUACAGAAGAAUAUGUGACUAUAACAAGCGCUUACUUUAACGGUGAGGGCCGUGGGAACCGCACUCAACACAGCUACAAGGGGUCGCCUGGCAUUAUGGCUGGCUUCUGUUUCUCCGCUGACUCAGGAUCACAAAAUUGGCACAGUUCCCCCUCUUCCUGCACCGCCAGCAUACCAGUUUCUCCACUGCCACUUGCUCAGGGCCUCCUCCUCGAGCUACUCUGCUGCGUAGCACUAUGCUGGUCAGCAUGGUGUUUUCUCACUGAGGAUGAGUUCUGUCCUUUGUGCCUCAAUGGCAGCUACUUGAGGGCUGGACAUGGUGUCUCAUCCUGCAGCAGCAGAGUGUUCAGGAAGUGUUCCAAUGCUAACUCUUCCUGCGCAGACUUCCCGAACGCCGGGUGUGUCUGACCAACCAUUGUACUCAGCUCCACUACCAGCAUGCUUAUCUGCUCUCCCUUCAGCUUCAGCUUCCAAUCAGCUCUAUUCAGUUCCAAGUUUAGUGGAUCAUGCUGCCAUGGCUUCCCCAACAUCAGGAAAUAUCACAGCAGCAGUGACCCUCAUAUUACAGUCCAGCCCAGAAAAUGGCCACCUUCAGCCUCAGCAGGUUGCGCUUUCAGAGCUGCUUCAUAUUAUUGCUGUCCAUAACCUUCACUGUGUCUGUCACUAUCUAUGUGUUUGGCAUCCACUCUGAAUCGUCCAAAGUGUGGUACAGCAACUUCGCCAAGUUAAUCACAUUCCAAACAGCCAAAAAUCACACACUAAUAAAUGUGACCUCUCUCAAAAGACAUGACAAAACAGUCAACCAACAGACGUCCGAUGCCAAACACACAGCAGUAACUACAGUGAACAGACAUAACAAGACAGACAUGCUCAGUAUGGAGUCCAUGACAGCUGUUCCAGUAAAAGAAGCAUCAUCCAUCCGUUACCAUGAAGCGCAUCCACACAACUACCGCUUCAUCAUAGAUGAGCCCCAUAAGUGUGAACAAGAGAACCCAUUUCUGGUCCUCAUGGUUCCAGUGGCUCCACACGAACUGGAGGCUCGCAACGCCAUCCGAAGCACAUGGGGUAAUGAGAGCGUGGUCCAAAACAAAACCAUCAUGGUGAUCUUCUCGCUGGGUCUGCCUGGGAUCAAAGCUGAGAAACAACAGGAGGAACUAAGGCUCGAAAGCCAGCAGUACCAUGACCUGGUCCAGAGUGACUUCAUGGACACGUAUCUCAACUUAACGAUAAAGACCAUGGUAAUCAUGGACUGGCUGGCCACACACUGCCCACAGGCAUCCUACGCUAUGAAGAUCGACUCUGACAUGUUCUUGAAUCUGGAGAACUUGAUGAGCUUGUUACUGAGACCUGAUACGCCUAAAGUAAACUACAUGACGGGAAAGGUUAUGUGGAACAUACCGGUCAUCCGGAACAAGAACUCCAAGUGGUACGUGCCAAAGGAAUUAUAUGCUAAAGACUACUACCCAACAUACCUGCUGGGGAUGGGUUAUGUCUUCUCCAAUGACCUUUCAGAGAAGAUUGUUGAGGUUUCGAAAGAAAUAAAGCCGUUUAACAUAGAGGAUGCAUACGUGGGUGCCUGUCUGGAACGAAUAGGACUUUCACCUUCAACUUCUCCCAAUCCGUCCCAGUUUAAGGAUUAUUUUAGCGGUAAGUAUAAUCGAGAAGAGUUUGCCAGUGUGAUCACCACCAUCCUUAACUCCCCACAGCAGUUGAUCACAUUCUGGCAGGACCUAAAGGGCCCACAUGAGGCACUUGGAGGGAAAAAACUCAAAACUGCUUAUUUUUGGGAUAUAUUUGGCUUAGAUUUUCUUACAAAGCUUUUGCAAUAACUGUAUGGGGAAAACUCCUGUAUCUUCUCACAAUUUAAUCAGAACUGAAAAAGACUGCUUGCAGAAAUAUUCAAUCGCUUCAGACUAGUAUUUGAUAGAACCACCUUCUGGGUGGUAUGAUGCAGUGUCCAUUUGCUCACAGUUGAUCCAACAGUCCUCAAAGGGAUCCAAACACUUAAAUAUUAUUUAGUAGCCAUGUCUAGAACUUUAUCUCUAAUUUCCACUUGUGUCUCAUUAGGGCGAUAUCUUUCAUCUGAGCUUCCACAGCACAGGGGUUGAAUAUUUAUGCAAACAGCAUUUUUCAGUUAGUCACUUUUCUCACAGAAUAUUUUCUUAUAUAAAACCAUUAUCACAUUUGAGGAUCAGUUUUUUAAUCAGACAAAUCUGAUGACUUUUAAGGGGGUUGAAUACUUUUUCAAGAAGUAUUUUCUCCCUGUGAAGCAGAACACAGUGUGUAUGUGUUUAUUCAUUUUUGUGGCUACAUUCAUUCUCAUUAAUCAGUGUGACUUUAUUUCUUUUCAUUCAGUUGUAGUUUGUUUAACAAUAAUUUUCGAAUGUUCAGCUUUGUUAUAAAACAUUCUUUAAACAUCAAAUACAUGUAAAAACAGCACUGAGAAAUCACAUGAUUAACAGAGAAAAGCAGAUUAAACACCAGAAAUAUCCACAUUUCUGCACUGGGUUCAUUAUUUAUGAACUUCUAAAUGCACAAAACUGAUGUCGUUGAUCAAACCUUCACAAGCAUCUGAGUGAUCAUAUUAAAUGGAGAUAAU